AUGCCUGCGGCUGAUAACUCUCCCCCAACAAAGACGUCGGGAAGGAACCCCGUCGAUGAGAGUGUGGAGGCACAGCCGAAUGGUGACGCAACACCGAUGCCCUGCGUCGGACAGGAGCCAUUUAACGACGCUACCACGCCUGAGAACCCGUACCUUCUCCCGAGUACAGUUGAUACCCACUCUGCUAUUGACAUUAGUGGUUCAGAUCAUCCACAUGAGUUUCAUCACCAAGUGCCGGAGCAGUGGGAGGUACGUGCGCCGGAUACAUACGAGAUGCAAUGCAGUGGGCUAACCGGUAGGACUCCCUCUUCAACGAGAACUUGUGCAUUCUUUAUUGAUGGUUCUUAG